CGUGCCCGUGCGCUGCGCUGACCAGCUGUUGUCGCGCGUCUCAGCUCCGUCUCGAUCCAUCGAUCUCUCCUACGCACGUAUACCUCGCGCUAGAUCGCCGUGGUCAUGAGCUGGAGCCUCUGAGAGGCCGCGAUCAGACUGGCGGCAGAGAAAAGCUGAAUGGAGACACCCAAGUACGAACGGUUGCGGAUACUUGCAUUGCUCUCGACAUGGCUGCUCCUACAGGUUGCGGUUCCGGGCGCGUUUGCAUCGUACAGCAUCGGCGUGGGCAGAGCAGACACCACUGGACCCAGUGUUGAAGUCAUUUUUAUGGGCUACGCGAACAUCGAUCAGAAGGGAUCAGGACUCCAUCUUCGAACAUUCUCCCGCGCAUUCAUCAUCGACGAUGGCGCGGAGAGGUUCGUCUUCGUCAGCGUGGACAGCGCGAUGAUAGGAAACGGCGUUCGCCAAUCGGUACUGGAGGAGCUUCACAAGCUGUAUGGCAACAUGUACACGGAAAAGAACGUGAUGAUCAGUGGCACGCAUUCGCAUUCCACACCAGGUGGAUUCAUGCUAGACAUGCUCUUUGAUAUCACCACGUUUGGCUUUGUUAAACAGACAUUCGACGCUAUGGUCCAUGGAAUAACGCAGAGUAUCCAACGUGCGCACAAUUCAAUGGUGCCAGGUCGAAUCUUCAUCGCUCAUGGAGAAAUUCUUGGCGCGAAUAUCAACAGGAGCCCUGCGGCAUACCUCAAUAAUCCUCAAGCAGAGAGAAACAAGUACAAGUACAAUGUUGAUAAAACUCUAACGCAAAUGAAGUUCAUCGCAGCAGACGAUAAACCUUUAGGUGUAAUUAAUUGGUUCCCGGUGCAUCCAACUAGUAUGAAUAAUACUAAUCAUUUAGUAUCUAGCGAUAACGUGGGCUAUGCAUCGAUUCUUUUCGAGAAGGCCAUGAACAAGAAUUCGUUGAUUGGCAAGGGUCCAUUCGUGGCAGCCGUCGCGUCCACCAACCUUGGCGAUGUUUCGCCGAACACUCGUGGCCCAAAGUGCGAAUUUUCUGGGAGCAACUGCUCUGAACAUUACACUUGCCCUGGGAAAAAGGAGAGAUGCUUCGCCUCUGGUCCAGGAAGAGACAUGUUCGAGAGCACCAGCAUCAUCGCCAACAAGAUCUUCAAGGAAUCGUGGCGUCUGUGGCACGGGGAUGCCAAGGAAGUGAUCGGGCCAAUUCGCGUGGUGCAUCGCUACGUUAACAUGGUGGAACAGACAGCUGAGUUUUAUAACACCACCAGUAGAACAACCGAGAAGGUUCACGGGUGUCUGCCAGCUAUGGGAUACAGUUUUGCAGCGGGAACAAUCGACGGACCGGGAUCAUUCGCGUUCGAACAAGGCACGACUACGGUCAACCCCUUGUGGAACGCGGUUAGAAACUUGCUGGCGACUCCCACGGCUGAGGACGUGAAGUGCCACGGCGCUAAGCCCAUUCUACUUGCCACUGGACGCAUGAUUCUGCCGUACGAGUGGCAGCCGAAAACAGUGGCCACGCAGGUUGCCAUGAUCGGGAACGUUGUCAUCGCCGGUGUGCCAGGAGAAUUCACAACAAUGUCCGGAAGAAGAUUGCGAGAGGCUAUCAAAACGGUCAUGAACGAUGCGUCCGACGACGAAACCUCCGUUAUAGUCGCCGGUCUCUGUAAUACUUACAGCGAUUACGUCACUACGCCGGAGGAAUAUCAAAUCCAAAGAUACGAGGGUGCAUCGACAAUAUUUGGUCCUCACACGCUCACGAUAUACUUGAAGCAAUACCAAGAGCUCGUGACAGCUGUCCUUCUAAACAAGAAUGUGGAAUCUGGUCCAGCGCCUGAAGAUCUAAGAAAGAAGACACUCCUUACUUUCGUGACACCCGUUCUAUACGACACACCAAAAUGGGGCAGGAAUUUCGGUGAUUGCAUCAAACAACCACAGAAAGUCGCUACGUCAGGUGACGUCGUCACUGCAGCCUUCACUGCUGCCAACCCACGCAAUAACCUGAUGACGGAGGACACAUUCCUGACAGUUGAGAGAUUGACAGAGGGUGAAGUAUGGGUGCCAGUCGCUACUGAUGCCAAUUGGGAGACCAGGUUCGAAUGGACGAGGACAUCCGUGAUUCUUGGCUCGAGUCAGGUGACCAUUACGUGGCAAGUCCCUGAAGAUAUCAAAACCGGUGAAUAUCGUAUCAGGCACAACGGCUACUACCGCUAUAUACUCGGUGGCACCUACCCUUACUACGGUGUAUCGAACCACUUCCAGGUAAAUUGAAAACCGCGCAUGAAUGUUGGAAAACUCGAUCCCUUUCUUCCUUUAUUACUAUUUUUCCUACGAU